GUGGGAUACGCCGACAAGGGAUAGAGGCGUCAUUAUAACAAGAUGCAGGUCCAUAUCCGUCAGUUUAGCUGGUCGUCCUCCCCAACCUCAGUACUCCCACCAUAGCCACCCACCACUACUGGAUGCCUUCACUCUCCUCUGGAACUCCACUCUCUCUCUCUCUCUCUCUCUGAUAUUGUGCUUUUUCUCUGUCUAAGAUUGUAAUUUCUUCUUCAUAUUCUUCCCAUCCUCUCUCUCACAAGUUGAACCAGGUCUCUCUCUUUCUCUCUCUCAUGGGGAGUAGAAUCCCGUCGCACCAGUUGAGCAGUGGGCUUUACGUCUCAGGGCGGCCGGAGCAGCUCAAGGAAAGGCAACCGACAAUUGGGUCGCGUGCCGUUCCGUACACCGGCGGCGACGUCAAGAAAUCGGGGGAACUGGGGAAAAUGUUUGACAUCGCCGUAGUAGAUCCCUCAGCCGGUGGUCCUCCUCAGUUGAAGACCUCGCGCCCCUCCUCAUCAUCGCAGCACAACAGCGGAUCCGUCCGAUCCGGUUCUAACUCAGGGCAGCUUCCCAAAUCUUCGAACUCAGGUCAGCUUCCCAAGUCUUCGAACUCGGGUCCGAUUCCGAAAAAAUCCUCCGGUCCGAUGAUCCCGCUCCAGCCGACUGGGCUUAUCACAUCCGGCCCACUCGGAUCCUCCAGCGGCGGCGGCCGGAAGUCUGGGCAGCUGGAGCCGUCGGGUUCGAUGGGGAAGGUCGCGUACGGGUCGGCCGUGACUAGCUUGACGGACGAGGUGAAGUUCGGGUUCAAGGUGUCCAGGGGGGUAAUGUGGGUUUUCUUGGUGGUGGUGGCAGUAGGAGUGCUGGUGGGGGUGUUUCUAACGGUGGCGGUGAAGAAGGCGGUAAUUUUGGUCGCCAUCGCUGCCGUUUUGGUGCCGAUGAUAGUGAUCGUUCUGUGGAAUUGUGGUUGGGGAAAGCGAGGGUUACUGGGGUUCUUGCAACGGUAUCCUGAUGCUGAGCUUAGAGGUGCUAUUAAUGGACAGUAUGUCAAGGUCACCGGGGUUGUCACAUGUGGCAGUAUUCCUCUUGAAUCAUCUUAUCAGAGAGUACCUAGGUGUAUAUAUGUUUCCACAGAAUUGUAUGAAUAUAGAGGAUGGGGUGGAAAAUCUGCAAAUCCUAAACACCGCUUCUUGUCGUGGGGAUGUAGACAUUCAGAGAAAUACGUGGCCGAUUUCUACAUAUCAGACUUCCAGUCUGGGCUACGUGCACUUGUAAAAGCUGGCUAUGGAGCCAAGGUUGCUCCAUUUGUCAAACCAGCGACUGUAGUUGAUGUAACGAAAGAAACUCAAGAGUUAUCUCCAGGCUUUCUACGCUGGCUUGCUGAGCGCAACCUCUCUAGAGAUGACCGCAAAAUGCGUCUUAAAGAAGGGUAUAUCAAAGAAGGGAGCACAGUUAGUGUGAUGGGGGUUGUCCAACGCCAUGAUAAUGUAUUGAUGAUUGUUCCAUUGGCCGAGCGUGUCUCAACAGGUUGUCAGUGGAUCCGUUGCCUCCUCCCAACCUACAUUGAAGGUCUUAUUUUGACAUGCGAUGAUAAUCAAAAUGCUGAUGUUGUUCCCGUGUAGAUACGAUAGUACCAUUUCUUCUCGACCAUUAUUCCUUUUCUCCUUUGUUGGGGAUUGGACAUCACGAGUAAAUAGCAGAUGGGCGAAAACUGGAGGACAUCAAGUUCUGCCACGCCACUCUGUUCCAACCAUUUCAGGUUGUCUAGGGGUAUGUAAAAUGGCCUAGAUGAUGCAGAGCAGGAAGGAUGCAUGACAUCACAAGGUGAGAGGAGUCUGUCACGGUUUACAUGCUUUUUGGUUUAAAUGAAGAUCCAGAAAAGGAGAUAUCCCCAUUCUUCUUCAAGCGGCUAGACAGUUGAAGCCACGUUUUGAUUUCAGCAGACUUGAUGUAUAUAUAAGUUGCUUAGCCUUAGACGGUUCCUCUCUGCAUGCCUUUAAUGGUCGCCAACCUUGGAUGCACUCAAUUUUAGUGCAGAAAGUGGAAUUAUUAAUAUUUAUGUUUUUCGGUUGAGUAUAUAUCAACUAAUGAAUGGCCCCUUUGGAAGCAAAGAAA